GAAAGUUUGCCAUGGAGAUCAACAAGGACAUCGUCGACGACAACUUUGAGAGCUACGCGCUGUCGCUCGAGGGAAAGACGGCCGUGGGUGUCACGCUGUGCUCUCCAUUGCUUCUCCCCCUUGAAGCGCCAUCCACCGCGAACAAAGAAGUUUGGAACGCACGGGUGUACCACAAUUGCCUCGCGUGCAAUCCGUUCGCCAAGGAUAGUGUGUACUACGUCAGUCGUGACGGCGAUCUCGUUCAAUUGACGUUUUCCGCACGUGACGGCUCCUCGCUUGAACAGACGAAGCUGCUGACAUUCCCACAACUUGUCACGACGCCGGUGGAAAAGCGACUGGACAAUCCGUCAAUCCGCUUCGUGGCUCCCCACAUGGGCGUCUUCACAGACGGAACGGGUCAAAUGAUCAUAUUUGGGUUCAUGCACGGCCACUGGUCUGUGUUGUCGUCGUCAACACCUCUGGGCCCCUCUCUUUCGCUCAACUUGCUCCAAGCCCACCUCACUACGAACGAAGAAUCCAUCCACUGCUUGGUCGGAUCGUUGGACGCUUCGACGGGAAUCCACCGAGUGUACGCAUUUACCAUCAGCUUGCACGCACCUCUAGAUAUCCAACCUACUCUUGUGCAUGAAGGCGGAAAGGGUAUCACAUAUGCACAUUUCCACGGCCACCAAGACGUUGUAUUUCUCGUCGAAGGCGAGCAUGACCUCCGCGUCCCAGUCCAGAGCCACCCUUCUCACAAGCGACACCACGAGCUUGAAGGCGGUCCCGUCUUGAAAGCACCGCGUGCUGGCCUUGGGUUUUCUGGCGAAGUGCCCAACCCAGAGCUGCCGUUGCCGCCGCUAAACCAUGCCGACCUCACCAAGCCCCUGUACGACCGAUUCCUCGCUUCGACAACUCCAUACAGUAGCAUGGAACAACCGCUGCAUUUGGCGCCACCUCCGUCAGCAGUGCAUCCGCCCGAUGUACCCAUUGAAAUCCCCACGACCGACUCGCUCCUCGGUGGCUAUGAAGAAUGCGACGACCUCGACCCGAAUGCCACCGCUGUGCUGUACUCAUUCCAUUUCGGCGCGAACGCCAUCACGGCAAAGUUUGACAUCGAUUGCCGCCGCUACAGCGUCUUGGGCCCAAGCUCGAAGUAUUCGGACCGACUGUUGUUCCAAUACGAUGUCCACGGCGUUGUCUUUCGGGUGGAGUCGACGCCCCAUGCGAUCUCAUUGACCCACGAGUCGACGUUCCCAGCUUUUGGCUAUGUCCAGGCGUCCAAGACACACAAAAAGUAUAUGGGGUUCCACCCGACGGGGUCCCUGGCGGUCAUAGCGGACUUUGAGAAGCAAUUGUACCUGUACAAAGGCCGACCUGAUGCUAACCAAGGAGCGCACGUACGCUCGUCGUUCCUCCAUGAACUCGCGGCAGGCGAAUCCAUCUACGGCGUCCAAUUUCUCGGGCCGUCCGUGAUUGUGGCGCUCACUCCCAGUCGCGUCGUCCGCUUGAACGUAGCCAUGUGACCCCCGCCUUCGACUAUGUCCAGCAUCCCCAUCAUGUAUUCUACUUGACUCUGUAAAUCAAACCAAUUCCGCGUAUUCACUCUCGAGA